ACAACAUACGCUUACUAGUUCUUGAAGCAACAACACCAUCAAAUCAAUCCCAACCCAACUGAGAAAAAUACACCAACAUGCCAACAACAUAAAGUAAGACCGGCUCUGUCAUCAUUGCGCUCGAGUCCAACUAAAAGAAUUCACCCCUUGGCCCCUUGCUUACAAACAAAUACCCUUUCUCUCUUGGUCAUCCAAAGAUUCGAUCUCAUCCUUAUUAUAAACCUUUUCAGUGAAGAUACAAAUUAAGGGGAGAUAUUAAGAAACAUUUGUUUUACACAGAUAUGGAAAUUGAAUCAGCAAAGUGUGAGUGUUGUGGCUUGAAAGAGGAUUGCACCCAAGAUUAUAUCAGGGACGUGAAGUCUAAAUUUGAUGGAAAAUGGUUAUGUGGGUUGUGCUCAGAAGCAGUCAGAGAUGAAGUUAGCAGAGGUAAAAAGCCAUUCGCCAUGGAAGAAGCUGUUAAAGCUCACAUGUCAUUCUGUGGUAAGAUCAAAUCGAAUCCUGCAGUUCGGGUCGCUGAUGGCAUGAGGCAGAUGCUAAGGAGAAGAUCGAUUGACUUGUCUUCAUCGCCAACUUCAUCAAACAAGUACAGUACGAGGUCAACCACCACUUCUCAGGUGGGUGAUUCGUCAAGUUUCCCGUUGGACUGAUGAAAACAGAGGAGGAUGGAAGGUGGGAAAACUUUGUUUUCGUAUCGUUAGAAUAAAACUGAUGUUUUGUAUAGGAAGUGCUAUUUCAGA